ACCGCGAGAAGAUGAGCGAUGGCAAUACACAACAAACCUGGGGAGGAAUUUGACACAGUUUUCAGCCUAAAUGAUUCCUUAGAGCUGUCGUCGCAUCACGAUUAUGCGACUGCACAAGCCCGUAUUUUCAAGAUAAUAGUCAUAGGAGACUCAAAUGUGGGAAAGACAUGUCUGACUUACAGAUUCUGUGGAGGUACUUUCCUGAAAAACCCGGAGGCGACCAUCGGGGUCGACUUCAGAGAGAGGACGCUGGAGCUGGAUGGAGAGAGUAUAAAGCUGCAGAUCUGGGACACUGCAGGUCAGGAGCGCUUCAGGAAGAGCAUGGUGGAGCACUACUAUCGCAGUGUCCACGCUGUCAUCUUUGUCUAUGAUGUGACCAGCCUCUCCUCCUUCGAGAGCAUCCCUGAAUGGAUUGAGGAGUGCAGCCGUCACUCUGUGGGGCCCCUGGUGCCCCGCAUCUUGGUGGGAAACAAGUGUGAUCUGAGGGACCGCCGGGAGGUGCCCACAUCGACUGCCCAGUGUGUAGCUGACAGCUAUAACUUCCCACUGUUUGAGACUUCAGCCAAGGACCCCACAGAGAAGGAACACGUUGACGCUAUUUUUCUGACUUUGGCUUAUAGACUGAAGAGCCACAAAACGUUGCGGCUAAAGCAGCCCAGUGUGAGUGAUGUUGGACAAAUGUGGAACCAGAGAGAGAACGAGACCUGUCAAUGCUGAGGUUACACACAGACUAUUUGUGAAGGUCCUCACCACCUUCAUAUGUAAUAAUAAUGCUGAGGAAAGUUGAGCAAAGCUUCCAGACACUUACCAUGCACCCUGUCUUGCCUGUGUUAAGGCAUUAUACUGUAGCUUGACAGUAUGGGUCUUCCAAGUUUGCAAAAUGGUAAAGCAACAUUUCAGUGAUGUGCAUGAAUGGAUAUGAGUUUAUGCCAAGUAUUUGUAGCUCAAAAUGCACAUAAAAUCACUUUAAAUAAAAAAUAUUAAAGCAUUAAAGAGGGCACUUUAGUCAACAGACAAAUCAUAUGCAAUCAGACAUCAAGCAGCACUGCAGUUUAUCUGAAGUAUUCAUGCAAACAGUAAAAGUGAAAACAGAGACAUUCAAAAUAAGUACAGGGACCAAUGAGCUAAAUUGAAACUGUGAAGAAAAGAGUUAUGCUGUGUUAUUUAAAUAUCUUUUCUUAUGCAUUCAUUUUGGUGCUGUUACUGAAUGUGUAUCUUAAAGUAAAAUAACAUAUGAAUAUAAUGAGCUUCAUGUUAGUAUACUCACAUUCACGGUUCUUUGGAGGGACUGUAGUCAAACAAAAAGAAUCAUUGAAAACAUUAAGCUGUCAUUGGGGACAAAUUGCAAUUCUUGUCUUUAAAUCAAGAUAAUUUACUUGAAAAGUACCUUAGUGACUAUUAGCUAAUGUUAAAUGAUCGUGUGAGAUGAAAACACUUCUAAAUGACAGCCUUGUUGCAUGUCUGUUACAAUGCAAACUGCAUCUAACAGUACAGAGAUGUCUGUACACCUCAAACUCAAUAAAAAGAUUUUCUUAUCUGUGUUA